AAUACCAAUCGAGUGACACGCCAGUUACGGUUUGUGAUUGCUAACGAAAUAACGUGUUUUGCGCGCUUCCCAUAACCUGAAAAUACAUAUUUAAAAAAAAAAAUUAUAUAUUUACAUAACCGUUAAUCAUCGAACAAUCGAAAAGCAAAUAUCGAACGCAUAAACAAAUUACAAUUCUAAUAAAAGCUCACGAGAGUGAAACGGACGUGCUUAACAGUUAACAAAAUUCAAUUUUGCGGUCUAUUUUAUUCAUUUUUUUUCUAUUUUUUAAUCGCUUCAAAUUUCAAAGAUGUGCGGCGCUUUGUGGGAGUGUAUCAAAUGUCCAGGCAAAGUUGUGUGCUGUUGCUGCAAAUGUGCGCUGAAUAUGUUCCUCGGCGUAUUCUGUUCGAUCAUAGUACUGGCUGUGGUAAUCGGUCUAAUCGUAUACUUCACUGUCUAUUACCAUAAGGAUAGCAAUAAGGAAGAUACGACGAAAAUGGUGCAACAAGUUAUCACAGCGGCGCCGUCAACGUUUAGGGACUACUUCCAGCGACAAAAUUAAUUUAAAUUUAAUUGUAGUUGAGACGGAAUUCUCACCUAAGCGAUUGAUUUAGCUCACCAGUAUGUAUUAUGCUUCUUGUAAAUAUCCUUAAUUUAGUAAUAAAUUUUAUAUUUAUUUCAAAAGAA